AUGCCCAAUGCAGGAGAGUUGAACGAUUUAGAGACCUACUCUGAGAUGUGGAUGGGUACAUAUCCUACUGUACCAUCGCGGGUUCGUGCUACAGGCGAGUCCCUCUUGGAGCAUCUCAAGAAGAACCCCGAUCUCGUUGGGGAGUCGGUCUGCAGUAGAUAUGGCCCCGACAUCCCUUUUCUUCCGAAGAUUUUAUCUUUUGCGAAAGCACUUCCGCUUCAAAUCCAUCCAGACAAAAAGUUAGCCGAGCAGUUGCACGAGAAGAAUCCGGAGAAAUUCGGCGACACCAAUCACAAGCCCGAGAUAGCGAUUGCAUUGUCUCGCUUUGAAGCAUUUGUUGGAUUCAAACGCCUCGGUGAAAUCGCCGAGCUGAUGCGCUUGAAACCAUUAGAGGCAUUCGUGCCGGAGCACAAGAAUUUUGACGACGAAGUUUUACGGCAGCUUUGCACGAAGUUGCUAAGUCUGCCCCCGGAAACCGUAUCAAAGACGGUCACAGAGCUACAAAAUAGCCCUCUGUCGGAUUUUGGAAACGAUUAUCGUAUUCCAUCUCUCCUUCGUCGGCUUGACGAGCAAUAUUCCAAAUCGGACAAUGGGAUUCUGGUCGCUACAAUUUUGAUGAACUACAUGAUCUUGGAGCCCGGGGAGGCUUUGUGCGUCCCAGCUGACAGCAUCCAUGCAUACCUAUCUGGAGACAUCAUGGAAUGCAUGGCGCGAUCUGACAAUGUCUUGAACACAGGCUUCUGCCCACGCCCUGAUCGUGAUGAUGUUGAGCUGUUUGCACAAGCUCUUACAUUCAGACCACAUAGCCCGGAAGAAUCUAUACUUCUGAAGAAAACAAGUCAAAUUGGAUUGAAAGGGCGGUCCACUGAAUAUGCGCCUCCAUUCAGCGAGUUCAAUGUUCUGGGUGUCAAUUUAUCUCCCCAGGAAGCUGAAGCUCAUCGGAUAAUUGAAAGUCCCAGUAUCGUGGUUGUAACUCAAGGUUCAGGGACAAUGAAUGUGGGUGAUGGAUCAGUUCACCACAUCAAGGAAGGAAAUGUCUACUUUGCUGCAAGAGACGCAGAGUUGAAGUUCUCGACAGAUAAGGGUUUGACAUUGUAUCGAGCAUAUGCCACCUUCUAA